CCCCUUCCUCCAGCAAACGUCGGAAUUCUGGAUGAAUACACCACAUUGUCCUCACUACGGGUUGCAUGGGAUCACCCGACACUUUCACCUUCCGCGGUGCACUUCUAUCAAAUUCGAUACCGCACGGUGCUCUCAACGACCGUGUCAAUGGAUGUCGGGAGAGAUGCAACAAACUCGACGAUUUCAGGACUCGAGACGAAUACUCUGUACGUGAUUAAUGUUUUAUCAGCAGUUGAUGACGGGGAUGGUUACACACAAUUUAGUGAAAUUCUGGCUGAUCGCACUCUGUAUGGCAGGACUGGUGGUGCGCAGCCUGGGGACAUCUUCUUGCGGAAACUGACCAGUUACUCUUUUGAGUGUGAAUUCGAGCCUCUGCAAAGCAACGUUAACCAUUACCUGAACUUUACAGUCGGUGACAGUUCAAAUCCUAGCGUCCGCUCCGUUAAUGAUCCUCAUUCGACUUGGGCCAUUUAUGAACUCACACCUGGUGAAACUUACAGAUUGGUGCUCGGAACAGAUAGAAUGACCGGUCAAGAAAAAUGGGUCACCACGAUUCCCCUUCCUCCAGAGAAUGUUCGGGUAGUGAGCUACACAUCAACCACGCUGACUAUAGCAUGGAAUCCACCUGCACACGAGAUUGACGAUCCCCCACCAAUUGUCGACUCGUAUCAGGUUGAAGUCUUCCCAACCGAUAUCAUAGUGAAAGUCGACAGUACCGUUACCGAGGUCACAAUUGAAGAUCUGCAUUCAGGCUCUUCGUAUGGAAUAAGCGUAAAGUCACUCGCUGGUGUAAACGAAGUUAAAAGCAUCGGAUCUGUCUUCUUAACGGAAACUGAUACUGACGAAUGUAUUUCAAACCCUUGCGGGGAAAACGGCGAGUGCUUCAAUGUGCCAGAUCUCUACUUCUGUCUGUGUUAUGAAGGAUGGACAGGCAUAAAUUGCAAUAUAGAUAUUGACGAUUGCGUUCCGAAUCCUUGCGCUAAUGGAGGGACGUGUACGGAUGGAGUAAAUACUUUCUUCUGCGAGUGUGUUACUGGAUAUACAGGGGAUCUCUGUAAUGGGGACGUAGAUGAAUGCCACUCGGAUCCAUGUGCUGGCAAUAGCGAAUGUCGUCAAGGGAUAAAUUUCUACUAUUGUAUCUGUUUAAAUGGAUGGACCGGCAACGACUGUGAUGAAAAUAUCGAUGAUUGUUUACCAGAUUCUUGUGAUAACGGGGGCACGUGUAAAGAUGGGGUAAAUACGGUUAUAUGCAUCUGUCCUAGAGGUUAUACGGGUCAGCGCUGCCAAACAGACAUUGAUGACUGUUUACCCGAGCCUUGUCUGAACGGCGGUUCGUGUGAGGAUGGGUUAGACUCGUUUACUUGCAAGUGCCCAGAAGGUGUUACAGGUUUCAUCUGCGAGAUAAAUAUCAACGAUUGCAAACCAGAUCCUUGCAUGAAUGGGGGGUCGUGUAAGGAUGGAAUAAAUGCAUAUACCUGCGAAUGUCCUCCUGGAAUUAUUGGUCUACACUGUGAAGAAGAGAUCAAUGAAUGUGAAUCUUAUCCCUGCUUAAAUGGAGCCGACUGCACGGAUGGAAACAACGCUUUCUCAUGUAGGUGUUUGGUGGGGUUUACUGGCCAACGGUGUCAAACAGAUAUCAAUGAGUGUGCGUCUGACCCUUGUCUUAACGGAGGUACUUGUAACGAUGAGAUAGAUGCAUACACCUGCAACUGCUCAGCCGGUUUCCUAGGUCAGCGUUGUGCAGAAGACUUCAACGAAUGUACAUCGAAUCCCUGUACCAAUGGCGCUUGCCUAGAUGGGACCAAUAUGUAUUAUUGCACCUGUCAACCUGGAUGGACCGGUGUAAACUGUGACAUAAAUUUUGACGAGUGUUCUUCACAUCCAUGUCUGAACGAAGCUUCGUGUAUCGAUAAGAUAAACGGAUUUACUUGCACAUGCGCAUACGGCUUCACCGGGGAUCGCUGUCAGGAAGAUAUCGAUGAGUGCAUAUCGGACCCAUGUGCCAAUGGACAAUGUUUCGAUGGAAGAAAUCUUUAUAAUUGCAUCUGCAUUCCUGGCUGGACAGGUGUCAAUUGUGAAAUAGAUAUUAACGAGUGCUCUUCAAAUCCUUGUGACAACGGAGGUACUUGCAUGGAUGAAAUCGAUAGGUUUACCUGUUACUGCCCUGACGGUGUCAUAGGACAACUCUGUGAAAACGAGGACCCUUGCAAUCCGAGUCCCUGCAUGAAUAACUGUUCGUGCAGCGUGGCAGAUAACAACAUGAUUGCAGUAUGUACGACCGACUCGCAGUAUAUCGCUGGGGAGUUUUGUGAAAUAGUUAACGAAUGUUUUCUGAACGACAUUUGUGAGAAUGGUGGUACAUGUGUUCCUUUGAUUGAUUCGAGCAAGUGCAUCUGUCCAAUAUAUUUUACCGGAGAUCGCUGUGAAAUUCCGUGGUGCCCCGCCGAGGUCGUGUGUCACGGAAAUGGCAAUUGUGCCGUGAUUGAUGGUGAACCAGCGUGCUUCUGCUUUCCAAGCUGGGUCGGAUCCUUUUGUGAUAUUGAUAACCCAUGUUUGCCUGUAAACCCUUGUUAUAAUUCUGGAGAGUGCACGUACGAUGUUAAUGAAUCCUUUUCUAGUGCAUCCAUAUCUUGUACAUGUGACCCAUCUUGGACAGGCGACCGUUGUGAAAUUGACCUACUGGUAUAUGGACACAAUGGAUAUUGGAACAAUUGGUUAUUAGACGAAAUGGGUGAGUGGACGAAAUGGCAAUUAGACCACGUGGAUAUUGGAGGAACUGAUGGUAGACCAAAUGUUAAGGACGAGUUGGCAACGAAUCGGCAUUGGACAAAAUGA